AUGGACACAGCUGUGCCCGAGUCACUGGCUAGCGAGCCGCCGGCGCCGGAUCAUGCGCCCGAGCAGGAUGAGAGCGAAUCUAAGCAGGGAUUUCACGCAGAGACUGCACUAGAAUACGCUUCCGAGUCGCCCUCCAAAGAGAAACCUGUGCGUGAUGAAGAAGAGACGUCCCCCCAGCCUGUGCCCGCCCCGAAUGAGGCAGCGGCGCCGGCAGCCGAGGUGCAGAAUGCUGAAGUGGCGCCAGCAGAGACACUUGCACCGGUGGAGCGAUCUAAUGAGCACGCUUCUUCAGAGAACCGUGCGCCACUGGGUGACGCGACAUCGACGGCCGACUCUGACCCGGUGCCUGUUUCUACGGAGGGCACCGAGGCGGGCUCUCUGCGGCCGAGUAUGCAGACGGAGCCUGUGCAAGAGAUUGGUGAGCGUGUGGUACAGCACUCGGCGUCCUCUGCGAGCAGUCUGAGCCGGGGCAGCGCCGUGUUUGUGUUGUCGGCUCUGGAAACCAUUUCGUCGUCGAAAGAAGCACGGCGCAGUAAGCCGCUGAAAGAGAGCGCCGUGGCAGCCCUAGACAUGGUCAAGGCGGCGACGUCGCCGGAUUCCACCUCGUCUGUGCUGGACCCUCGCGUGGUGUUUGAGCCACUGCGCCUGGCAUGCGAGACAAAGAGUGUGUCGCUGCAAGCGUCUGCGCUUGACUGCAUAGCCAAACUGGUGAGCUAUGCGUUCUUUGCGGAGGACGAUCCGAACGAGUCGGCGCUUGCGGAUCUGGUCGUUGAUACGGUGUGCGACUGCUUUGGCGACCAGAUGGACGAGCGAGUGUCGGUGCAGAUCGUCAAGGCGUUGCUGGCGUGUGUGCUGUCCACGAGUAUCCGUGUGCACCAGUCGAGCUUGCUCCGUGCGGUGCGCACGGUGUACAAUAUCUAUCUCAUGGCCCGCACUCCGUCGCACCAGGCAAUUGCGCAGGGCGCGCUAAGCCAGAUGGUCGGCCAUGUGUUUAGCCGUGUGCCGCGCGCCGGCGGGACAAGCGAGGUGGUGGAGCCUGCGAACACGGAGCCUGUGACACUGCAGAUGCUGGAGAGCCGGCAUUCGCUGGAUGCGGCGGAACGGGACGAGAUGGCGCCGAUCGAUGCGCCAGACCUGCAUGUGAAAGAUGCGUUCUUGCUCCUGCGCGCGCUAUGCAAGCUGUCCAUGAAGCCACUGUCGUCCGAGAGCGAGCGCGACGUCAAAUCGUACUCGAUGCGCUCUAAGCUGCUGGCGCUGCGUACUGUACGGGGCGUGUUGCAGCAGCACAUGGACGUGUUCACCGAUGCAAGCGUGCAAAUUGUGAGCACGACAAGCGGCGAACAGGCGACGUUUGUGCAGGCUGUGAAGCAGUACUUGUGCCUGUGCCUGUCGCGCAAUGCCGUGAGCAGUGUGCUGCCGGUAUUUAAGGAGAGUUGCGAGAUAUUCUGGCUGGUGCUCUCCGGUAUGCGGACCAAGAUGAAGAAGGAGAUUGAGGUGCUGAUGAACGAAAUCUACCUGCCGAUCCUCGAGAUGCGCACGAGUCCACCGGCGCAAAAGUCGGUCCUGCUUGCGACGCUACAGCGGCUGUGUGUGGACCCGCAGGCGCUGGUAGAGGUGUACCUGAACUACGACUGUGACCGCACUGCGCUGGAGAAUUUGUACGAGCGGUUGAUGAAUGUGAUUUCGCGCCUGUCGCAGGCGCCGACGUCCGAUGUGCCGCCCAGCGUGGAUGAGCGUGACGGCGAAUCGAUCGAUGUGCGGUUGAAGCGGCAGAGUCUCGACUGUCUGUGCAGCGUGUUGCACUCGCUGGUCGAGUGGAUGGACCGCCUGAUGGAUGAGCCUGUAUCCACGAGCGUGCCGGAAGCGGACGACGACGACACUGGCUCGCAGCCGAGUGCCGAUCCUGCUGCGCCUGAUGAGGACGACGAUCCGGGGCGCUUUGAAAAUGCCAAGCAGCGCAAGACGGUCCUGCUCGAGGCCAUCCGCAUGUUCAACUACAAGCCGAAGCGGGGCAUUGCACAGCUGCUGGAGCACGGGUUCAUUCGCAGUCGCGAUCCGCGGGCAAUUGCGCGCUUCCUCUUUUACGCGGACGGGCUGAGUAAGCGGUCCAUUGGCGAGUACCUGGGCGAGGGCGACGCAGAGAACAUUGCCGCGAUGCAUGCGUUUGUGGACCUGAUGGACUUUCACGACAUGCCGCUGACGACCGCGCUGCGGCGCUUCCUGCAGGCGUUCCGGCUGCCGGGUGAGGCACAGAAGAUCGAUCGGUACAUGCUCAAGUUCGCGGAGCGCUAUACGGAAGGAAACAAGACGGCAUUUGCGAAUGCGGACACGGCGUACAAGCUGGCGUACUCGGUGAUUAUGCUCAACACGGACGCGCACAACCCCCAAGUCAAGCACCGCAUGACGCUGCAAGACUUUAUCAAGAACAAUGCGGGGCUGGACGACGACAAGGAUCUGCCGGAAGAGUACCUACGUGCGAUCUACGACGAGAUCCAGAAGAACGAGAUCAAGCUGCAUGGCGAGGAGGCGCCGGCCAUGCCGCCGUCCACGGGCCUCGCGGGCGCGAUUGCCACGGUCGGCCGCGACCUGCAGCACGAGGCGUACGUGCUGCAGACGCAGGGCAUGGCGAACCGGACGGAGGUGCUGUUCCGCACGAUGCUGCAUGCGCAGCAGCGCCGCGGCGUGCACCGCGCGCUCGCGGACCGGUACUUUAGUGCGUCGCAUAUGGAGCAUGUCAAGCCCAUGUUUGAGGUCGCGUGGAUGUCGUUCUUGGCGGGCAUUUCGGCGCCGCUGCAGGACAGCAACGAGCCCGAGACGAUCCGCACGGCGCUGCAGGGCUUCAAGGAUGCGAUCAAGAUUGUGUGUUUCUUCGGCCUGGAGCUCGAGCGCAAUGCAUUUAUCACGACGCUCGGCAAGUUUACGUUCCUGAACAACCUAGGCGAGAUGCGCAGCAAGAACGUGGCGACCAUCGAGACACUGCUGGACAUUGCGCACACCGAGGGCAACUUUUUGCAGGGCAGCUGGCGCGAGAUCCUGACGUGUGUGAGCCAGUUGGAGCGCUUCCAGCUGAUCAGCGGUGGCGUCGACGAGCGCAUGCUGCCCGAGCUGGGCCGCCGCCCUUCGGCGGGUGCGCCGCGCGGCGUGUUACUGCCGCGUGAGGAUGUGGUGCAGCAGGGUGUGUCGAGCGAGAUUACUGUGCGUGCGGACCAUGUGUUUGCCGCAACGCCGCAGCUGAGCGGCGAGGCGAUCGUCGAAUUUGUGCAGUCGCUAUGCGACGUGUCCUGGGAGGAGAUCCAGAGCUCCGGCAUGUCGGACAACCCCCGGCUGUUCUCGCUGCAGAAGGUCGUGGAGAUCUCCUACUAUAAUAUGGGGCGCAUUCGCAUGGAGUGGUCUCGCCUGUGGGCAAUCCUCGGCGAGCACUUCAACCAGGUGUGCUGCCACCCGAACCCCGCGGUGAGCGCGUUCGCUCUCGACUCGCUGCGGCAGCUCGCGACCAAGUUUUUCGAAAAGGAGGAGCUCCUCCACUUUUCGUUCCAAAAGGACUUCCUCAAGCCGUUUGAGUAUGUGAUGCGGCGCAACCGCGACGUGGCGGCGAAGGAGAUGGUGCUGCAAUGCCUCGACCAGAUGAUGCAGGGCCGUGCGGAGCGUAUCCGCUCCGGCUGGACGACGAUGCUGGGCGUGCUGGGCGUCGCGGCCAGUGCGCCAGAGCGUAUUGCGCUGUACGCAUUUGACCUCGCGCAGCGCGUACACCACACACACAUGGCUGCGAUCCUCGCGAACGGGUGCUUGGCGGAGCUGUGUGUGUGCCUCGCGCACUUUGGCAAGGGCUCAAACCAGCGUGUGAGUCUGCCGGCCACCGAGCUGCUGCCCUCGGUUGUGCCGGAGGACAGUGCGUCGAUGGAGCUGUGGCUCCCGAUGCUGUUUGCGCUGUACGACAUUCUCAUGACGGGCGACGAUCUCGAGGUGCGCCGCGUCGCGCUUGAUGCGCUGUUCGCGACGCUGACCAAGCAUGGUGCCUCGUUCCCGACGUCGUUCUGGGAUGCCGUGUGCAACGAUGUGCUGUUCCCCAUCUUCAACGUGCUGCGGAACCGCUCAGACGUGACUCGCUUCUCGACGCAGGAGGACAUGAGUGUGUGGCUCUCAACAACGAUGAUCCAGGCGCUGCGGCGGCUAGUGGCGCUGUGGGCGGUGUACUUUGACACGCUGAAGCCGCGCCUCCCGGGCUUGCUCGAGCUGCUGUGUGCGUGUAUCUGCCAGGAAAACGACACGCUUGCGCGCAUCGGCACCGCAUGCCUGCAGCAGCUGCUCGUCGAGAACAUUGCGCACAUGGACCUGGUCGGCUGGCAGCAGGUCACCGAUGCGUUCCUGCGCCUGUUCCGUGCGACGACCGCGUCGCAGGUGUUUGAUCCCAUGCUGUCGUCGCCGGAGAGCACCGUGUCGCCGGCCGAGCGGCGCCAGGCAUUCAAGCAUAUUAUCGUCAAGUGUGUGCUGCAGCUCCUGCUUAUUGAGACGGCCAACGAGCUGCUACGGAACGCACGCGUGUACGAGGCGGUGCCUAUCGCCCAGCUGCUGCGGCUAACUGCCGCUCUGGAGGACAGCUACCGCUUCUCGCGGCGCUUCAACGCGGACCGCGAGCUGCGCACGGCGCUGUGGAAGGUCGGGUUCAUGAAGCAGCUGCCGAACCUGCUGAAGCAGGAGAGCACGUCGGCUUCGACGCUCGUGUAUGUGUACCUGCGCAUGCACAGCGACAGCCGCCCAGGCGUCGAUGUGCACCGCCGCGAGGUGAGCGACCGGUUCCUCCCGCUGGCGGAGGAGAUCAUCACGGGGUACCUGCCGCUCGACAAUGAGACGCAGGCACGCAACAUUGCCGCGUGGACACCUGUGGUUGCGCAGGUCGUACAGGGCCUGGCGGACAUGUACGAGGCGGAUCCCGACGCGCAAAAGGCCGCUACGCCCACGUUCUUCCUGCUCGUCGUGGAGCUGCUCGACAAGAUCACGCUGGCGCCAACGCUGGCGAUGCCGCUGCGCCGCUACCUCACAGCGGUCGGCACGGCCCAUGGCUUUGUGGACCUUGCCGCAGCGGCCGAGCGUGAGCGUGCACGCGAAGAGGCGCGCCUGGAUAUGAUGCGCGCGACGCCGCUAGGCCGCGCCGACCAGUCGCAGACGGAUUUGCGGCAGGUCGCACUGGCGAACCAUUCGGUCGAGGCACUCUCGCCACCGUAG